GCGGUGUGGGGAGAGGGCCCUGGAGCUGUACAGGCAGGAGGUGGAGCGGGCCCUCGGGAGCACCGAGGCGAUGCCGGAGAUGGCGAGGCUGUGUGCGGAGGCCAUCGGGGCGGAGAUCACGGAGGCCGUCCAGAUCUGCGGCGCCGACGCCAGCAACCCGAGGGUGCAGGAGGCGAAGCGGCUCGCGCAGCUCAUGGCCCGGGAGGAGCGCGAGCGCCUCGCCCGGCUGGCGCUGGCGCGCGCGCGGAGGUGCCGGGAGCAGGACGCCGCGGCCGCGGAGGCGGCCCGGCAGGCCGAGGGGCCCUGGGCGGUCCCCGAGGUGGGCCUCGCGAGCGGCCUCUCGGAUGCCAUCGGCGCGGAGGUGGAGCGGGCCAGGGCGCUCGGGGUCCCGGAGCAUGCGGGAGAGCAGAAGAUCGCAAAUGAGCUGCGCGACCAGGACGGCCUGCGCAAGCGCGCCCGGGCCAGGCUGGAGCGGCUCGCCAGGCAGGCGGCAGCCACCCCGCAGGAGGAGGCCCCCUAG